AUUACAAGGCUAGUGAUUUGGCGACGUGUACCCGGUGUGUGGAAGUGUUUAGGUUUCUUACCUCCGCCGGGGAACUGUCCGUUAGAAGAUCCCCGUAAAGCCCCUAAAACACAAAGCAUGGGAGCAUCUCAGAGCGUGGAGAUACCAGGUGGAGGCUCAGAGGGUUACCACGUCCUCCGGGUUCAGGAGAACUCACCAGGUCAUCGGGCAGGACUGGAGCCUUUCUUUGACUUCAUCGUCUCCAUCAACAACAACAGAUUGAACAAAGACAACGACACCUUGAAGGACUUGCUCAAAGCCAAUGUGGAGAAACCAGUAAAGAUGCUGGUGUACUCGUCAAAGACCCUGGAGCUGCGGGAGACCACGGUGACUCCCAGCAACCUGUGGGGAGGCCAGGGUUUGCUCGGGGUGUCCAUCCGCUUCUGCAGCUUCGAAGGGGCCAACGAGAACGUGUGGCACGUCUUGGAAGUGGAGCCCAACUCCCCGGCGGCCCUCGCCGGCCUGCGGCCGCACACCGACUACAUUAUCGGAGCCGACACUGUCAUGAAUGAGUCAGAGGACCUGUUCUCUCUGAUAGAGAGCCACGAGGGAAAGGGCCUGAAGCUCUACGUCUACAACACAGACACAGACAACUGCAGGGAGGUGGUCAUAACGCCCAACGGUUCCUGGGGAGGCGAGGGCAGCCUUGGAUGCGGGAUCGGCUACGGAUACCUCCACAGGAUUCCCACCCGUCCUUUUGAGGAAGGGAAGAAGAUCAGCUUCCCUGCAAACUCUUCUACAGAGUCGGUCAGUCCCCUGAAAGACGGAUUCACAGAGGUCCAGCUCUCUGCUGUAACUCCUCCUUCCUCCACGCCUGUCGUCUCAUCCGGCCUGUCCAUCAGCUCUGCUCCGCCCACCAUGCCCAGUGAGCUGCAGACGGGCUUGCCCACAGUCCCUCUCCUCCCCUCCACCUCCAGCUCCUCCUUCUCUCCCCUCCCUCCACUGAAUCCUGCUGCCGCCGGUUUUAGCCCAGCCACAACGCUACCAGGUCUCAUGCCUCUCCCAGGAGGGCUGCCUCCACUCCCCAACCUCCCCAACCUGAACCUGCCGCUCCCAGACCUCAGCGCCGUCUCCCUGGCAACCUCCAGCUCCAUACCUACAGCCGCAGGAACGACAGUGCCCCCUCUGGCUCAGCUGCCCCCCCUGUCCCUACCAGGUCUGGGUCAGUUCCCUCCGCUGCUCCCCAACCCCCCUCUGCCCUUCGUGCCCCCCUCUAGCGUCGCCGCCCCCGCCGCCUCUGUCACGGUCACGGCGAUGCCCGCAACCGUCCCGGCCGCCAUCGCCACCACAGAGGCCGACGCCACAGAACCCUCGGCCCCCACGGAUACAACACUACCACCGUCGUAAUGUCGCCGCCAAGCUUUUAACGCAGCCGGUUCUUCUCUCUUUCUCCCAUCUGUCUUUCUGUGGUUUUUCUAUUUAUUUGGCCAGGAGAGAGCAGGCAGCGAGACGCAACAAUGGCCGACGCCCCAGUUAGAGCGGAGGCAAAGAGACGGGAUGAUGGUUCUAGAUCAGUCCGACGUGUCUGUGUUGACGGAUUGUCUUUCAGCAGAACUGGUAGAACUGCAGCUUGUCAAAGCUACUGUACAGAGAAGAUUGCUUCACACUUCUGCAGUAAAUAGUUUUUUUUGUUUGUUUUUUUUUUUUCACUUUUUCCUAACUGGUUUGCCCUUGCCAACCCCCCUUUCCUU